AUGUUCAGUGUUUCCUCCAUCCCGUAUCUCUAUGAAGACCGUGUCGACAUUCUCAUCAACAACGCCGGCGUCCUGACGGGGAACAAGAGACCCACAGAGGACGGCCUGGAGAGACACAUGGGAGUGAACCAUUACGGACAUUUCCUUCUGACCCAGUUGCUGCUGGACAAACUGAAAGCCUCGGCUCCCAGUCGCAUCAUUUUUGUGUCCGCCUGGGUGCAGUUCUACUGGCCCAUGGAUUUUGACCACUGGCCCCAGAACAAAAAGUGGUUUUUCAAGGCAUACGGUCAGAGCAAACUGGCCAAUGUCCUGACUGCUAGAGAGCUGAGCCGUCGACUCAAAGGUACCAACGUCAUCGUCAAUACUGCACAUCCGGGUUUCAUCCACACAGACAUCGCACGAGACUUUCCUUUCUACCAUUCUCGGAUUGUUCAACUACUUAAUAGCCCGUUUAAUUUCCUUCUGUUUCGGACUCCGUUCCUUGGAGCUCAGCCAACCCUUAGACUUGCCCUGGACUCAAGCCUUGCCAAUGACAAGGCACGAAGAGGAGAAAAACAUUAAUACCCAUCCAUCCCAGAUUGCUCGUACGUCAUGUGUUGACCGUGAACUUCGAGAGUCGAAAAAUUCAAAGCCAGCCGACAAUAUCGUUUUACUACAUGAUGCAUUUCUAAAUGAUCACCAAGCUAUACAUAGAUUCUAAUUAUGCUGUUAUUAUUUGGCGUUGAGUAAAUGCAUAAACAUUAUGUGAGUGAACAUUCAAUGACUUUUUUCGUUUUCUUCUCUUGUGUGUAUUAUCAUUGUAGUAGAUGCAGAUUAAAUUUAAUUGAGUUUGUUGUCAAGUUAUCGAUGAUGUAAAAAGAAAAUGUUGGCUUGUCUUAUUAAAUUUGUUUAUAAAUAUAAUUGAAAGUGUGUUUUUACCCAAACCUUGAAGAAUUAAAAAGACAAUUGAAAAAUG